AAUAGAAACCGGAAGUUUUUAGUUUUGUUGUCUCGCAAACGUGUUGAGAUGAAUGAAAAGGAUGUCCAGGAGGUAAAGGUGUGAGAUUCAGAAAUAUUUCAUAACGAUGCCAACGGUAAUUGCUUUGGAUGUCUCAUUGUCCAUGUCACGCCCAGUUCCUAUGCCAGACACAAAUGAGGAGUACCAGCGUCGACAUUUAGCAGUUCAAGGCAUCAACACACUUCUUGAUUUUAUCAGUGUCAGCCGUCUGGAAUUCACAAGCCUGGUGUCAUUCUCAUACCUGUGGGAGCGGACAGUACCAUUUACACGAGACCAUGACUCCAUAAAGGCAGCAUUGAAUAAAGUGGAGCUGUACAACAAAACGUGUCUAGAAACUGCUUUAGUUGGAAUCAGCACCACUGUGCAGGAGGAGUGGAACAAUGGUGUUCAGUGUCAGGUUAUUUUGGUCACAGAUGGAAGUGUAGGUGUGGGACCUGGCUCACUGAAGCACUCUCUACAGACAUGCUCAGCCCGGGAGUCUACAGAAUCCAAGUUUCCACUGCCUUUCACAUUUCCUUGUAAGCUGCAUGUUUUGUGUGUGGCAAACCCAAAUGAUCCUGACCUCAAAACAGCCUUACCUCUCUACCAACAAUUGAUCAACUUGAACUCUCAGGGAGGAGAGGUUUUAGUGCCAGAGGGCCCACUGUCCUUCAGAUCAGUCCAGGAUAUGUUUCAAAAAUUUGCAGAGAAAAUUUAUACACCAUUUCAUGCACAGCUUCAGUGUGGUAACUUUAAAUGCCCAGUGCAGCUUCAUCCUCGACCAGAACCAUACAGUCGAGAUCUUGAAUUUGAAAGCAUACAAAUGAAAGAGAUUUGGAACAAAUUGGAAAUAGUGGGAUUUCUUGAAAUAGCAGAAGUAGCCAGCCCACCUACUGUAUCACGACAUCUUGUGCUGCCUACUCCCACACGUGACCGCUCAUCAAAGACAGAAAACUCUGAUAAAGAGAAAAAAACAGAAGGAGGAAAGACCUUCACAAAAGGAGACGAAGAGGAAGAUGGUACAGAAGAUGGUAAAGUGCCUUCCUUUGCAGUUCUGCUUCAUGGAAGUUUAAAAGUUGAGAGCAUGGUGGCUCUUGCACGAAUUGGAGAAGAUUGGUUUGGAAUGCUGUACUCAUGGGCAGAUAGCAAAAAGAAGUCCAAUUUGAUGCUGUCAAUCUUUGAGCCAGGUCUUGAAAAUAUACCCUGGCUGGGGAACCUAGAAAAUCUCUGUCCAGUUUCUGCAUUUGAAACCCCACCACAUUUAGUUGAAGGAGGACAACCACCAUUUCCUGUUCGGCCAUCAGAAAAGCGCAGCUAUGCUCAGAGUUGUGUGGUGUGGAUAAAAGCAGCAGGACUUCAGUCUGAUAUGCAGAAGGUUCUGCGUCAUGCCCGUAAAUUGCCUGACAAACAACAGCAGUUCUAUAAGGAAAUGAAUAGAAUUAGACGAGCGGCCCUAUCCUUUGGUUUUCAUGAACUUCUGGAAGCCAUGGCAGCCAUGCUUGAAAGGGAGUGUACACAGUUGCCUGGAACUGCUCAUCCAAGUGCUGCUUUACAGUUGACUCAUGCUGCAAAUGCUCUUCGUCUGCCUUCAGCGUUAGAAAUUGUUCAUACUAUCAUGCCCUUACAGACCAAUUUCACACCAGGUGAUAGAUAGCCAAUAUCUUCACACAUCCAUUAAAGAGGUUAAUAUUAUUUUGACCAGUCAAACUGUUAUACAAUUACUUUCAAACUUGAAUGUGAAAGUAAAUUACUUUCCCAGGUGUUAUUUUUUUAUGUGGAAAAUAUAUGUAAAAAGAUCAUUGGAUUUUGAUGUGUUAGCAUUAUCAUGUCAUUCUGACUAUUUUCCAUCUUUUAACCGCUGGUAUCCAAGUAGUAAUAAAAAUAUUUUACAUUUA